CAAUAACAUAAACAAAAACAUCGUCACAACACCACGCAAACAUACUUUUUCAGGUUAAAGUAUCCUCUUUAUUUUAUUGAUCAAAACCAUUAACUUUUACAUCAUAUUUGAGCUGUAGUUAUCACUGAAAUGGCACCGUCCAGAUUAGAAGUAAAUUUACGAAGGCUUCUCGUACAGUGUGAACUGAGGGCCAAAGAAGAUAUACAGACAGAUUGGAGACUCGACAAGUACAUAGGGACACUGGAUGAAAUGUUACGGAAUCUUCAACGCAUGCCCAGGUAUGAUGACACUUAUUUCUGUUGUGAAAGUUGCCUUUUUGUUUGUGUUCUAUUUAGUUGUUUGUUUUUUGUCAUACUAUCAAUUUUCAUUAAACUCAUAUAUUUCAGUAAACCUGCAAAGGAAACACUAAGCGAAUAUGGACGAAGAGUUGACUUUUUGAAAGGUCUCAUUCAUACUCAAAACUUGUCAACUCCCGAAGAAAAAGUUGUCGCAGCUCAAUUAUUGCAACCUGAGCCUCCUUCCUCUGAUGUCAUUACAAAAGAAAUUCAUCAGAAGACUACAUCUAAAUAUGCAGAAGAAUUACGUGAUGAACUGCUGUCUUCUGGAUCAGAUGGAUCCAAAUCACUAAGGCAACGUAAAUCAAGUAAACCUUCAUCUGGAGAAGAUUUGGAUGCUCUGUUACGCCACCACCAUGCCGUACAAGAGAAGAUAGCCGAGGACAUGUUAUCGCUUGCACGUAAUCUCAAAGAACAAUCUCAUCUUGCCAGCACAAUUAUUAAGAGAGAUACAGAGGUUGUGGAACAGUCUGGGUCCUUAACUGAUGCAAAUUUUGAACGAUUAAAAUUGGAAUCUGCACGGUUAGAAGAACAUACAAAACGGGCAUGGAGGUGCUGGAUGUGGGUGAUGAUAGCUGUGGUGGUCAUUAUAUUUGUUAAUAUGGUAGUUUUUAUGAAAGUUAUGAAGAAGAAAAAGUAAUUCGAAGUUUACACGGUAAAUAAACUAUUUUAUAUGCAAAAUA